GCUGUGCUCCUCUUCUUGUGUCCUUUGGGGAGCUCUGGGUUAUAGAUUUGUCUCCUCAGACAACACAGCAGUUUCCAUGUGGGUUUAGCGCUGGAAUGCUGCAGUGGAAAUGCCCCUCUGUAACCCUUGGGAAUAGUUUUUAUUACCUCCCCAGGAGGUACUCCCCCUUCCAGAUCACCUCCCUUCCUGUUUCAGGUUAAUGGGACAAAGACCCUCAUACCAGCCCAGCUGGGUCAUGUGGCCAAUCUCACCAGGGUGAGGAACAUGGUGAUUCUGAGAGCAGACGCCAACGUGGAGAUCCAGUUUAAUGGCCGCCAUGCCUUGUUUGUCCGCGUGGGCCCGGAGUAUCGAGAAAAGUUGUGCGGCAUGUGUGGGAACUUCAAUGGCGUCCGCAGGGAUGAUAAAGUCCUGCCCAGUGGAGAGACAGCCCGGGAUGAUGCAGAAUUCGGAAAUGCCUGGACCUCUGACAUCAGCCCACCGAGGUGUAGGAAUGACACCGGCUUCACUGGGUCCUGUCCCGAAGUGUCCAGGGUUGAGCAAGCAUGUGGCUUAUUAACGAAUCGCACCGGGCCGUUUGCUGAGUGUCACUGGCACGAGAGCCCAGCCCCCUACUACGAGUCCUGUGUCUACGACCUCUGCCAGUAUGGCCAGGGCAAUCGCAUGCUGUGUGCAGCAGUCGAGUCGUAUGAAGAUCUGUGUGCCAUUCACGGCGUGGCGAUAGGAAACUGGGGAGAAGCAAUCCAAUGCGAUACCACCUGCCCAGCCAAGAAUUACUUUGACUUCUGUGGCCCUGCCUGCCCUGCCACUUGUGCCAACCUCAGUGCUCCCCUGCUCUGCACAAAGCCCUGUGUGGCAGGAUGCUUCUGCCGGGAAGGGUAUGUUCUGGAUGAGGAACGCUGCGUGCCUGUGAGUCAGUGCGGCUGCACGCUGGAGGGGCGGUAUCACCAGCUGGGAGAGGAGGUGAUCUUGACAGACACCUGCAGCAGGAAAUGCAGCUGCCGCCAGCCAGCCCAGCCCAAGCAGUGCCAGGAUCAUGCCUGCGGGGCUCUGGAGACGUGCAGAGUUGUGGAUGGCGUCCGAGGUUGCUCCCCUGUGACGUUUGGCACCUGCAGGGUGUUUGGCCACAUCCACUACACCACGUUCGACGGAGUCAUGUUUGAUUACCAAGGAGCCUGCAAAUACACCCUGAGCAAGUUCUGUGGGCCCCCCGGGAGCCUCCCGGACUUCACCGUCAGAGCAGAGAAUGAGCACAGGGGAUCCAUCGCGGUGUCCCGGACGCGCCUGGUGGAGCUGGAUGUCUACGGGGAGCGUGUCACUAUAGCCACGGGACAGUAUGGCCAGGUGCAGGUGAAUGGAUCCCUGGUCAAUCUGCCUCUGGUCCUCGCAUCAGGUAAACUCUAUGCCUAUUUCAGUGGCUCGGCCGCUGUGCUCCAGACAGAUUUUGGCCUCUCCGUAUCCUAUGACUGGUCCCACUCCGUGUCGGUUUCUGUUUCUGAGAUCUACUUUGGGUCACUGUGUGGACUUGGUGGGGAUUUCAACAGAAACCGAAGUGAUGAUUUCCAGACCCCACACGGCUCUCUGGUUGCUGAUGCUGUCACCUUUGGCAACAGCUGGCGGGAUGCCGAUUCCCCUUUUCACUGCACGGCCGUCGGGCUCCCAACCUCGUGUGACCAGGUCGAACUCGCCCAGUACAGAUCGCAGAGCUACUGCGGGAUCAUCACAGACCCUGCUGGGCCUUUUCAAGGGUGUGACACGCCGGCUGAUGCUCAGGCCCACUUGGAGAGCUGCGUGCGGGAUGUGUGUGCCACUCGGGGCAGCCGCCAGACCCUGUGCCAAGUGCUCCGCAGUUAUGCCCAGCAGUGCCAAAGUGGUAGCAUUGCCGUUGAGCCUUGGAGACAGCGGGCUGCGUGCGAGUUAAUCUGCCCCCCCAACAGCCACUAUGAGCUCUGUGGACCUUCCUGCCCGGCCUCUUGUGCCCACCCAGCUGUGCCCUCCCGCUGCCGGACUGCAUGCCAAGAAGGGUGCCAGUGUGACCCUGGCUUUGUGCUGAGUGGCACUGACUGCGUGCCUCGGGAGCAGUGCGGCUGCACCCACAAUGGCAGAUAUCACCUGGCGGGGGAAAGCUUCUGGGAAGGAGAAAAUUGCCAGAGAUUGUGCAGGUGCAAUGGCUCCUCCCACGCUGUCCAGUGCUCCAGCGCUGCCUGUGCUCCCGGGGAAUCCUGUGGCACUCGCCGGGGGGUUUAUGGCUGCCACGAGAGAACCAACGGCAUCUGCUGGGCGUCUGGGCUGCCCCACUACACUACGUUUGACGGCAAGCGCUACGACUUCCAGGGCACCUGCAGAUAUGUCUUUGCUGAACUGUGUGCGGCAUCAAAGUCCUUGCCCUUCUUCAGAGUGGAAGUGAAGAAUGAAAACCUGCCCCAUGUCCCUGUGGCUGUGACGUCGGAGGUGUUUGUCCUUGUGAGCGGAGUUGAGAUCCACCUGCAGAGGGGUCAGCAUGGGACAGUCCAGGUAAUUCCCUGGGUGUGUGAGGGAAGGACGCCUUCCACUUUCCCUGGCUGUGACGAUGGCUGCCGCGAUUCCUGCCCUGUGUGUGAAGAUGAGGAGAGUCUGGUGCAGUCCAAGUCCCAGUGCUGGGUGAUCCAGGAUCCUGACGGGCCGUUCUCCUCCUGCCACUCCCAGGUUGAGCCAGGCCCCUAUCUGUCUGAUUGCAUCUUUGACCUGUGUGUGUCAGGAGGGGCUGGCAGUGCCCUGUGCGAGUCCAUUCAGACAUACGCAGCCGCCUGCCAGAGAGCCAACAUCACCAUCUCCCCUUGGAGGAGCGAGGCUUUCUGUGACCCAGGAUGCCAAGUAAACAGUCACUACAAGUUCUGCGAGCCCCCUUGCCAGGACUCCUGUGUACAAAGUGUGAGUCAGGGGCACUGCAGCCCUCUGUGCACAGAAGGCUGUUUCUGUAAGGACGGGUACCGGCGCAGCGCGGCCAGCUGCGUCCCAGAGAAGCAGUGUGGCUGUGUGCACAACGGAUGGCACUACCCGAUUGGGGACCGGGUCUGGCUCACUGGUUGCCGGGAAAGGUGCAUCUGUGACUCCUCUUCCACUUUCCGGUGUGUCCCAGCCAGCUGCAGCCCCGGCCAGCGAUGUGCUGUGAAGGAUGGGAAGCUGGGCUGUCAGAGCCAGCUGACAACCUGCACUGUGACAGGGGACCCUCACUACUUCACUUUCGAUGGGGCUGUGGCACAUUUCCAGGGCACGUGCGCCUACGAGAUCUCCCACACCUGCAACUCCUCCCUCGACUUCUCCUUCCGCGUGGUGGCUGAGAACAGGCACCGCAGCAAUCGCCAGGUCUCCUUCGUGUCCCGGGUGGAUGUCUGGCUGAGAAGAAGGGAUCUCAAUGUUCACAUUGUCCUAGGGGACAGCAAGGCCGCCGAGGUUAACGGGGAGAGAGUGAGCCUGCCGCACGCCCUGGGUCCUCUGGGCAGCGUGUCCCGGCUCAGAAACCUGGUGACCAUACAGACCCCAGCCAAUGUGGAGAUCCAGUUCAACGGCCGCCACACUUUGUUAGUCCGUGUGGGCCCAGAGUAUCAGGAGCAGCUGUGCGGGAUGUGCGGGAACUUCAAUGGCAUCCGCUGGGAUGAUAAAGCCUUGCCCAGCGGGGAGAGAGCCCAGAGUGAUGCUGAGUUUGGGAACGCAUGGAAGUCUGAGCGCAGCCUGGCCAGGUGUUUGGAUGACUCUGGCUCCCCCAGGCCCUGCCACGACCCCCUGGAAUUUGAAGUGCUCUGUGGGACCCUGACAAGCCAAUCUGGACCAUUUGCUGAGUGCCACUGGCAUGUCGACCCUGCCCCGUUUUACUCCUCCUGCCUGUACGACAUGUGCCACUAUGGGACGGCCAAUGGGAUGCUGUGCAUGGCCAUUGCCUCCUACGAAGAGCUCUGCAGCCUUCAGGGGAUCCGCGUGGGCACAUGGCAACCAGCUGCUCAGUGCCCUGGGAGUGACCCAUGUGUUGGUUUGGCCUGCGGGGAGAAUGAGUGGUGCGGAGAGCAGGCGGGAAGAUGGGGCUGUUACUGCUACAGGCCACCUGAGCCCAUCCAAGCAGCUGACUAUGACUACCAGUUGAGCUGCAGCAGCGGGAACAGCUCUGUGUCCCUGUCCCGCUGCCUGCUCUUCGCCGAUGGCUUCCCCACAGAGGCCUUGCACCUGGCCGACCCCAGCUGCACUGGCACCCUCCUCGGUGAGAGACUCGUCUUCUACUUUGACAGCACCCAGCACAGCUACUACCAGUUGAGCUGCAGCAGCGGGAACAGCUCUGUGUCCCUGUCCCGCUGCCUGCUCUUCGCCGAUGGCUUCCCCACAGAGGCCUUGCACCUGGCCGACCCCAGCUGCACUGGCACCCUCCUCGGUGAGAGACUCGUCUUCUACUUUGACAGCACCCAGCACAGCUGCGGGACCUUUGUGACGGUCAACGCCACCCACGCCACCUACUCCAACCAGGUGCAGGGCCGGACGGGCACCACCUAUGGAGGGGUGAUCAGCCGAGACAGGCUCCUCUUCUUGCACUUCUCCUGUGCCCACCCACUGAGCAUCAACCUGUCUAUCCCAAUGGCCAUCCAGCCCAUACAGGAUGUUGUUAACACAACCCUCCCUUCGGGCCAAGGGAGCUACCUGACCACCAUGGUCCUGUAUCAAGACCCUCACUACAGCAACGCUUUUCCCCGGCGCCCCAUGCCACUCACUGUCAAUCACAGGGUCUAUGUUGGCAUCAGCGUUUCGGGGCUGGACACCAGCCAAUUUGUGCUGACGUUGUCAUCCUGCUGGGCCACUCCGGACCGAGACCCCUCCUCCAGCAUCCGAUGGGCUCUCAUCACCAACCAGUGUCCGAGCCUGCAAGAUGGCACAGUGGCAAUCGAGGAAGAUGGCGUGUCCACCCUUGGCCGCUUCUCCUUCAGUGUCUUCCAGUUCCUCCCAGACUUGGAGCUGGUGUAUCUUCAUUGCCGGGUCCGGCUCUGCAGCCCCCAGGCAGCCACGUGCACCAUGCGUUGUGCCAGGCCGGGCUCUGCUGUGCAGGGCAGGAAGCCUCCUUCAGGAGUUGUGUCUGCUGGCCCUUUCCUGAAGUAUGAUGGAGCUGCUGAGCAAGGUCUGCAGCUGGCCAGCGGGGGCCCUCGCCUGUCUACCUCCUCCCCCCUGCUGCUGCUCCCCCCCUGCCUGCUCCUUGCUGGAGCCCCCUGAGCCAAGCCUGGGCAGGGGUUGCCUGCGGGAUCCCACACUCCCCUGCAGAAUGGGCUGCCAGGAGCUCCUGGUGCAAGGCCCCAGAGAGUUUGGGGAGGGCAGAUGAGGGGCAUUGGGGGGGGCCACCUGGUGUAAGGCCCCGGUGAGCUUGGAGGGGGAGGGUGGGUGAGGGAGUUGCAAUUGUGGAUUUGCCCUUCUCUCCUGCCCCUGCCUCCCAGCACCCUGACGGGGCCUUUGUGGGCUGAGUGGGGCGAAUAGGGAGCUUGGGAAAACCGAGGCAGUGCCAGCGCUCCAACCCCGCCCCGCUGUCAGCAGUGGGUAUCCCAUAUCGCAGCCGGCAAAUAAAGUGAAUGCAAUGAAGCCCUGGCCUGUGACGGAGCCUGGCAUUGCCACAGCAAAGCGGGGCCUGGCCUGGGGGCUGAGCCUAGAUGCCAGGUUCUGGUCCCAGCUGUGGCUUGGCCAUGACAAGACCUUUCUCCUGAAGCCCCAGGAAAUUGAUCCCGCUGAGGCGAGGCUCCGCAGCUCACUUCAUCCCUGCCUGGGUCUGG